GCUCGCAGCUUUCCGUGAUGAAAGCGGCAAGUUGACCGGCAGAAUAUCACUACACGUGCGUUUUGUUUAAUUUAUCUUCGUGAAAUUUUUAAGACGGUACUCCGGGAUUACUCGCAGCACUCGUCUGAGUCGCACUGGAUAUAAGAGGGCCCCUGUAAACACAGCCCAGCGAGACAUUUAACCCUUUUUUUUUUUUUUCCACAUUGCUGUUGGAAAAGUGGAGCAAAAGGCCUGACUUGGUUACCCAUUCCUGGAUUAUGAGUUCUGCAGGUUCAAGAAAGAUGGAGAACCCCACAGGCCUGGACUAGUCCCCACUCUCUUUUACAUUAUGGCCUCAGCCCAGCCGUACUGGGAUCAGCACCAUGACCACGACACCAUGGAUAAGCUGUUUUUCGGAUUUGGUUCGGAGUCCAUGGACCACAGCUUGAGAAUGUAUCAGCAAAACUCUGCAAACGUGGGCUUUGAAAGAAAGACGCCUGGCUCCUGUUCGCCAUGUCUGUCUCCCAAGACUCCCAAUCCUACACAGCUGCUGUUUUCCUCUCAGUGCCACCCACCUGCGGGAGACCAGGUGGUUCCGUCCUUACAGAAACUGUCUGUUUAUGAACACAUACCCCCUUGUUCGCCCAGGAGAACAACCAAGCCCCUCCCACCCCUCCCGGACAUAGGCGAUUUAUCCUCUGAUGAAACCGAAGAUGACGAGGUGGAGUUUUUCUCCAGCACCUCUGAGACCCAAUAUCUGGUGCCUAAAACCCCUUCCUUCCAGUACGGCUUGUCGGGGAGGCGCAGUUUUCCGGGAAACGGUCAGGUAAACUUUGCGUAUCACGAAGGACAUCAAUGGGAGCACACAGUUACACAUAACCAAGACGGACCCAAACGCCGGCUACACCGCUCAUAUUCUGGCCCCGCCGGAUCCUUUAAAGCCGCCAACUUCAGACCGACUGGCCUUCAUCAUUCUUCCCACAGCCACCCGCAGGAGAAACCCGAAGUCCCGCCCCGCGUCCCAAUCCGUUCUCGCUUCAGUGAAAGCGCGGACGACAGGCGGCUGUCAAUCGAUGACUGUGAUGCAGACAAACCUCCUAAAGUGCCGCCAAGGGAGCCCAUUCCUCAGGUCAUACCGAGAGCCGUCAGUCCAAAAAGCCUCCCAAUUUACAUCAAUGGGGUGAUGCCUCCUACUCAGAGCUUUGCUCCUUAUCCGGAGUAUGUCAGUAAGGCUCAACACAAGCAGAGCUGCGAGGGCCCGCCGGCUCCCCGGAGCCCCUGUAUUCUGCCCAUCAUGGAAGAUGGAAAGAAAGUCAGCAGCACCCAUUACUUCCUCCUCCCUCAUCGGCCUGGCUACUUGGACAAAUUUGAGAGGUUUUUCAAAGAAUCCGACUCAUAGUGAUUUGAGUGGUUGGUUGUUUUGCUUGUUUAAAGUUCGACUGAACUGAUUCUUCAGUGUUACGCAUUUACUGGUCUGUUUAAGAAUUGGAUAAUUAUGUAUUUGGACUUCACACAAAGAAAAACAAAAUGAAUUGGUUUACCACUGCUGGAAACUAAAGGGCGGCUCUGAAAGUGCCCUUUGUUGGGAGGGAUGCAUGAUUAAUCAAAGUGAAACUGAAGUUGGGAUUUUGACUUGAACAAAAGGUCUCACAGUCUCCCUGUGUUUCUCUGCCAAAUUAAAGUCUAUGGUAGAUCUAUGAUCCGUGGUUAAAGAAGAAAUGGAGGCAUAAAUGAAGCCAUAAAUAUGUACGGUUCUGUAAAAUAAGACUAUUAGUAAUAAAUACAUUUACAUUGUAUUACAUUACAUUGAACUAUUACAAUAGCAAUGCUUAUUUUGCUUGUAUUAUUAUUAUUGUAAUAAGCACAUCAAACCUGGAAAAAUAUUUUAAAUUGCAUUUUAAAUCACAAUUGGGUUGUUUCCUAUGAAUCGUGCCACCCUAUUUAUUGAUGUCCAUGUUCUUUGUUAUACUAUUUCCUUGCUGUAUUAUUGAAUUAGUGUACAGUAUCCUUGAAUGAAGGAAUAGGAUUAACUGUUACACUGUUAACACUGUGUAACCAGAGUAUAAGCUGGUAAUAUCUUUUUCUCUGUAACGUGGAAUGGUAAAGUUGCAUGUAUUGUUUUUUAUUUGUUUUUUCCCCUUUAAAUUGUACACCAACAGUACAAAUUUAUAUGUUGCUUAAAAAUGAAAAGAUUAGUAUUAGCAAUAGCACUGAAUUCCUGGUAAUCAAGAGCUGCCAACUGUUUUUAUUAGUCGAGGGCUAGAUAUGAUUUACACACGUGAGAAGAAGGAUCAAAAAGACUCUGUACUAGUGUAGUGGCAUAAAUGGAAACAUCAGGACACAGGGGUUAGUAUUCCAACUAGUGUCCAUUCAGACGGAAUUAAAUACAUUUAUCAUUUGAUUUUAAGAGGAUGAUGCUUAUAGUACAAACAGAUUUACUUGUGCUGAAGCUUUUUUUUUUUUUUUUUUUUUUUGGGUCACGUCUGUUACAAGGGUCAACAUGCCACUGCCCUGCUGUUUGGUGUCAAAAUGCAGGACACUGUAAAUGGGUAGUCUUUUUUUAUUUAUAAUACUGUUUACCAUGAAUAUAUUGAAGCCCUUAACUAGUCCUGGCCUUGUUUCAUGUGUUUCUUACCAAACGUUGACCAGACUUGUUGCUGUUUUUAUUGUGAUUAGACCUUUUAUAAUCUUGACAUUAUCAGACCAGUAACUGUUUACGUUUUCAGCUACGUAUGUUUUGUCCGUACAACAAAAUGACUUGGUUAUUUUCUGUGUGAAGGCUAACGUUAACUGACUUUGUUUCAUCUGCUGAGGAAACAUGCACUUCUAAAAUGUACAGUAUUGGUGUAGUUUUUCACACCAGACUAUUUAAAUAAAGUAACUUAUUUAUAAACUCA